UGGCGUAGCGCCGGAGGGCGAUGGUGGAGGAGCUGCUGGGGGCGGAGGCAACAUAGCCCCUGCGGGAAAGGAGCCCCGCGGCGCCUGAGCAGAGUGGAGGAUGGAGAACCGGCCUGGGUCUUUCCAGUACGUCCCUGUGCAGCUGCAAGGGGGGGCACCCUGGGGCUUCACCCUUAAGGGGGGUUUGGAACACUGUGAACCGCUCACCGUGUCGAAGAUUGAAGAUGGGGGCAAGGCAGCCUUGUCCCAGAAGAUGAGGACUGGUGAUGAGCUGGUGAAUAUCAAUGGCACGCCGUUGUAUGGCUCCCGCCAAGAGGCUCUCAUCCUCAUCAAAGGCUCCUUCCGGAUCCUCAAGCUGAUUGUCAGGAGGAGAAACGCCUCUGUCAGUAGGCCGCACUCAUGGCAUGUGGCCAAGCUGCUAGAGGGAUGCCCUGAAGCAGCUACCACCAUGCAUGUCCCUUCUGAAGCCUUCAGCUUGUCUUGGCAUUCCGGCUGCAACACAAGUGACGUGUGUGUGCAGUGGUGUCCACUCUCCCGGCAUUGCAGCACUGAAAAAAGCAGCUCCAUUGGCAGCAUGGAGAGCCUGGAACAACCAGGCCAAGCCACCUAUGAGAGUCACCUCUUGCCCAUUGACCAGAACAUGUACCCCAACCAACGCGACUCAGCUUACAGCUCUUUCUCAGCAAGCUCAAAUGCCUCUGACUGUGCCCUUUCCCUCAGGCCAGAGGAUCCUGCAUCUGCAGACUGUGUCAUGCAAGGCCCAGGAUUAAGUAAGGCCCCUAAUGGCAGGCUUAAUGUGGCUGAGACUUCAGGAGGUACCCAGCGCACCAACGGGGGCCAUCUGACUUCCAGCCCUCAAAUGUCAUCCCUCCCACAGGAGGUCCACCACUCAGAACCUGCCAAAGCUGCCAAGGGUCCACCACAACCUCCAGUGAGGCGAGAUAGUCUUCAUGCCUCCAGAGGCCAACUCUACAAUGGAGAGCAGAGGAGGGCUUCUGAGCCUAUGGACUCUGUACAACAGGAGGAGAAACCAAGCUUAGACACCGAGCUGUGCCCAAGGAAUCCUAACAGGUUCUGCUGCCUCAGUGGGCAAGACCAAAUGACAAAUCAGAGCCAUCAGAACUGUGAGCUCAACCAACCUCCUGAAUCCAACCAGCAGGGCUAUGAGCACCUACUGAUAGAGGCCUCAGCCAAAGCUGUUGGAUUCCAAAAAUCAUACGACAAAGUUUCCAGCAUAGAUUCCAGCCCGCUCAACAAGAUUUCAGCAGAGCUAGCUAAGACUUCUUCUUUUGACAGCCCUUCACACCUCAUGGGACCCACAGGCCAUCGCCAUAGUGCCCCUGAACAGUUGCUGGCAUCCCACUUGCAGCAUAUGCACCUUGAUACCAGGGGUAGCAAGGGGAUGGAGCUCCCAACUGGGAAGGAUGGGCAUGAGUGGACUCUGUCCCUUUUGCAUAGCAGCCACACAGGGAAGAAAAGUCCAUGUCCUCCUGCAGGGGGAAACCAGGACCAGCCCAGCAAAGAGAGAAAGACCAGGCAAGUGGAUAAUAGGCCUUUGGGUUCGGGGUACCAGAGCCCAAGCAUCUCCCACCAUGAAGAAACUGAUGGACGCCCUCCAGAAAGAGGUUUCCAGGACCCAAACAGAAUAAGUAGAGCAGGUAAUGAAUUGGCCAGCCAGCAGCCCUGUCCUUCUGGCUCUCUUGUUCAACAAACCAGGGACUGUUCAACCACUAAAGUAGCUGGCACCACAGAGGCAACUGAAGUAGGGAACAAGGAGCCCAAGGAGUGUGACCAGAUGGGUGGUAGGCGAAAUGGAGGGACCCGGGGCCGCUCAAUCCAAAACCGGCGGAAGAGUGAGCGUUUUGCUACCAACUUGCGUAAUGAAAUUCAGAGGAGGAAGGCUCAGCUCCAUAAAAGCAAGAGUCCCUUAUCACAGCUGUGUGACACUAAGGAGCCAGUGGAAGAGACUGAGGAGCCCCUAGAAAGUCUUCUACUUCCUGCCUCUAACUCACCUCUUCUACCUUCAUAUAAAAAACCACCGAGCCCCAGAGACAAGACCUUUAACAAGAGUAUGUUGCUUAGGGCUAGAUCUUCAGAGUGCCUCAGCAAAGCCCCUGAGAGCCAUGAAUCGAGAACAGGCUUGGAGGGACAAAUAAGCCCUGGCCAGAGGCCUAGCCAGUCCUCUAUGCACCUGAACACCUGGUGGAAAGCAUCUGAUCCAUCUUCUUCAGACUCAGAGAAAACAAAAGUUCACCAUGGAGUCCAUGGAGGUCAUUGGAGAUGGUCUCCAGAGCAUAACCAGCAGCUGCAUGUGGCACUAGUCAUGGAAAGCUCUUCCAACCAAGGAGAUAACAAGGAAUUGAAAGCUUCUACUGGCCAAACUGGGGAGGAAGCCAUCCUCUUGCCCUUUGCAGACAGAAGAAAGUUUUUUGAAGAGAAUAGCAAAUCCUUAUCAACCUCUCAUUUGCCAGGUUUAAGCACUCAUAGUAACAAGACUUUUACCCAGAGACCAAAACCUGUAGACCAAAACUUCCAGCCGAUGAGCUCCAGCUACAGGGAAUUGAGGCACCAUCCUAUGGACCAAUCAUAUCAUUCCACAGACCAACCAUAUCAUGCCACAGACCAAUCAUAUCAUUCCAUUUCACCCCUUCAGUCAGAAACUCCUACUUACUCAGAAUGUUUUGCAAGCAAAGGUCUAGAACAAUCUGUGUGUUGUAAGCCACUGCACUGUGGUGAUUUUGAUUACCACAGGACCUGCUCUUACUCUUGCAGUGUUCAGGGAGCUGUAGUACAUGACCCUUGCAUUUAUUGUUCUGGGGAAAUCUGCCCUGCUUUGCGAAAGAGAAAUAUGAUGCCAAACUGCUACAACUGUCGGUGCCACCACCACCAAUGCAUUCGGUGUUCAGCUUGCUAUCAUAAUCCCCAGCACAGUACUCUCGAGGACAGCAGCUUGGCACUUGGCAGUGCUUGGAAACCCAGGAAGCCGACAGUGCAGGAAUUUCCUGGGGAUAAAUGGAAAUCAACAACAGGAAACAGGAAGACCAGCCAGUCAGGGAGGGAAAUGUCUCAUUCUAAGGCUGGCUUUUCAUGGGCAACCCCCUUUCAUCCUUGCCUUGAGAACCCAGCACUGGAUUUGUCAAGCUACCGAGCAAUCUCUUCUCUUGACCUCCUUGGAGAUUUCAAGCACUCUUCAAAAAAAACAGAGGAAAUUUCAGUUUAUGAAGAGGGGAGCUCUAUGGCUUCCAUGCCCCACCCACUGCGUAGCCGUGCCUUCUCAGAGAGCCACAUCAGCUUGGAGCCCCAGAGCUCCCAAGCCUGGGUGCAGCAAAGGAGGGAGCUCCUUAGCAAAGUUGAUGAACCCCAGCUAGAUCCUCUGGGAACCAAGAAGAAGGCCUUUCCUCCUCCUCGUCCUCCUCCUCCCAACUGGGAGAAGUACAGGCUCUUCCGUGCAGCCCAGCAGCAACAGAAGCAGCAACAGCAACAGCAGCAGCAAGAGGAGGAGAAAGAGGAGGAGGAAGAAGAGGAGGAGGAGGAAGGACAAGAGGAGGAGGGGGUAGAGGAAGAGGAGGAAGAAGAAGAGGGAAGAGAGGAGGAAGAGCUGCCACCCCAGUAUUUCAGUUCAGAAACCAUUGGUUCCUGUGCUCUCAACACUGAAAGAGUCCUGGAGCAGCCACAACCUCUGGGCUUUGGUCAUCCGGAGGUCUCAAGGCAGAGCACACAGAACCUCCCAGCAGAGCAAGAGUCUUUUGCUCACCAUUCCAGUGAUUUCCUGCCUCCAAUAAGGGGCCACUUGGGAUCUCAACCUGAGAAAGCUCAGCCACCUUGCUAUUAUGGCAUUGGUGGGCUUUGGAGGACAUCAGAGCAGGAGACCACUGAUCCCUCCAAACCAGAAGCCUUGAUGGCAGAAGACUCCAAACCCAAGACAGCAUGGAACCAGAACUACUUCUUUCCUGAAGAGCAGUUCUCUUUGAUGGGCUGGGGCUCCAAGAAGCAGCACCUCUGCCCCAUGGGCUUCAGUGAACCCAAGACGACAGGACAAGAAUUUCAGCACCUCCCACCUCCUCAUGGGGGCCCAGGGAUCCCUACCUCUUACUCAGCUUAUUACAAUAUUUCUGUGGCCAAGGCAGAGCUGUUAAACAAGUUGAAAGACCAACCUGAGAUGGCAGAUAUUGGCCUAGGAGAGGAGGAAGUGGACCAUGAACUGGCUCAAAAAAAGAUACAGCUUAUUGAAAGCAUUGGCAGAAAACUUUCUGUCCUGCGGGAGGCCCAGCGAGGAUUGCUGGAGGAUAUCAAUGCUAAUUCUGCCCUUGGGGAAGAGGUGGAGGCUAACCUAAAAGCUGUCUGCAAGUCCAAUGAGUUUGAAAAAUACCGUUUGUUUAUUGGGGACCUGGACAAAGUGGUCAGCCUGUUGCUGUCACUCUCUGGACGACUGGCACGGGUGGAAAAUGCUCUCAACAGCAUUGAUUCAGAGGCUGAUCAGGAGAAGUUGGUGCUGAUAGAGAAGAAGCAGCAGCUGACAGGGCAGUUGGCAGAUGCCAAGGAGCUGAAAGAGCAUGUGGAUCGACGGGAGAAGUUGGUGUUUGGCAUGGUCUCCCGCUACCUGCCUCAGGACCAGCUGCAAGAUUACCAGCACUUUGUGAAGAUGAAAUCUGCUCUUAUCAUUGAACAGCGAGAGCUGGAAGAAAAGAUCAAGCUCGGGGAAGAGCAGCUCAAAUGUCUCAGGGAAAGCCUACUCCUGGGGCCCAGCAAUUUCUAAUUCUACCAGCAGACUGCCCACACCAUCCCCGCCCAGCCACAAUAGGAAAUGCUUUCUUUGUUAGCAGUUUGUUAGCAAAUAGAUAGCAGUUAGUUAGCAGUUUGUUCCAUAUCCUCUAGCCUGAAUGUCUCUCACUGCCUCGUAUCUAGCAGUACACCCAACCAGCUAAGAGACUAGGGGGGACCUAAGCUUCUACCCUACAGUGUAGAAGCAAGAAGUAGAAGCUGUAGCAGAGUGUGAUUAUACAACCACUCUCUCUUUCCCACAGUUUGCACAGCAAGCACUCACCACAUACAGAACCAACAAAGUGCCUUCAUUCUUCUUUGCACUAGGGCAUCAGAGACAUCAUGUACUCAUCACCCACCCACACCAUGAUCAGCCUCUGAAGGCUCAGAAAGAAAGUGUGUAUGUGGCUCCACUCUGCCCCAGCGUUCAUGGCCCAGCCAUUUCCCACAGAGAUCUGGCUAUCUUGAGGGCAUUCACCUACUGAAAUUUCAAGGCCUCACUCAAGAUUUUCAUUGUGAAGUAGAGGAGAAAUUGCACUUAACAGAAUAUGAGCAAAGGUUUGAGAUUCCUAGAUGCCCUGUUGAGAGGAGCUAGGCUUAAAGAAAUUGGUUCCAUCCCCACCUUCUCCAACAUCUACAUGAGGGGGAAGAGGCCUACUUCUCAGCCCUAGCUAGUGUGGCCUCCUUUUGUCCUAAGACUUUGGGUCUACCACUUCCUGUUUAAUCUUGUCUUUUGUUGCUAGGGGUUACACAUGCCUACCCUAAGGGCUUCACACUAUGGGCCAUAAAUAGCUCUGCUAAAGCUGACUUCUGCAUACAAGUUUCAUUAUUGGGGGGAAGGGGUUCUUAAUUGUUAUAUUUUAAAUGGCCUUUUGGUUUUAUUUAUUUUUAUGUUUUAUUGUGUUUUUUUCUCUUUUUUUUUUUAACUAACAAAAUGAAAAGAGUGGUGUUAGAAAGUGAAAAGUUAGCCUAGGAAGAAAAUAUUUUCUGCAGAUAUGCCUGAAUUCACCAUAGCUAGGUAAGCGGGUACCAAAGCCUUGAAUUAUUCUCACCAUAGCUAACAAGUGUCUAAGAAAGAAGUUUUUACCUUGAACUCAGCUUCCUCAUUGUGACCUGGCUCUAUACUUCCUUUGAAGUAUGGAUAACCAUGAGCUUAGAGUUCCCCAAUAGGUUUCAAUUUUAUCUUACUUAUUUUUUGAAACCAAAGAAAUCUGAAACUGACAAAGAUCCACCUAUUUCUCUACAGUCUCAAAGCUAAGGAAAGGGAAGAGGUAAGCUCAGGAGGAGUUCCUCUAUCUAAUUGCUUUCUCAGCCUAUGUCCUGGCUCAGGGAACCCAAAUUCACGGUAGCUGAAAACUCCAGCCAGGGCCAGUCCCUCAGAGUAAAAUGUGAUCCAGCCAGGAUCUGAGGCAGACAAACAACUGAUACUGCUGCUGUUGCCUAGACCCUGACACAGGGAGCCAGUUUCUAUCCUGGAAAAGCCCUCAGUUUGGCAAUGGCAGGAAGGGAGUUAUAGCCAAACUCUGCGUGUUAUACAGCUCAGUUCCCUAUUCCUUGCUAACGAGCCCACGCUUGGUAUUGCACAGCUCUGCCCAGCAAGCCCUGGCAUUUAUUGUAGUUAGUGCUGAGUUAUUCUGAGUGCUUAGUACCUGUCCUUGGAGGUUAACUGUAGCAGCGGGAGUACCUCAUUUAACUAAAAGAAUUUGCUAAGGAACUUUGUUAUUGCUACAAAUACUGGCUCCUAACUUCCUUUUCCUUCUCAUUGUAUUUGAAAACAAUGGAAGAAUCUUGGCCAGCAGGGUAUCCUGAGGUGGGGGCAGGGGCUAGGUAUGCUGUUAGUACACUGCUGCUGUCAUAACAGUUAAAAUGUCAACCUGCCAUUCUCCCCCCAAGUGGAGAAUUUUACUUCAUUCAGGAAGGCUGAUGGCUUAUAAAGGGGUAGGCUUACAAAGCCAAGGUAGAGGAAGGUGCGGGGGUGCUUUGAAUAUAGGCUGUGGCUGCCAUCUUAAAAAAAAAGGCUCUAAGACAAACAAUGAGCAAGUUUAGAUGUCCUGUAUUGAGGGGAUAGAGCUGAUGUAGUCCAUGAUUAUAAGGUAUGUGUGUGUGUGUGUGUGUGUGUGUGUGUGUGUGUACAUGGCUAGAACAGCUUUUUGGAAAUAUAGGCCCAGGGAAAAGAGUGGUCACCCACCUGUGACCAUAGUCUGAGUUUUUCAAGUGAGCAAUUGAGUGAUUGUACCUUAAAUUUAAUCACACUAAAAGUACUAUUGACUCUGUUAUUUUUGUCCCUCAUCCCACCUCAAAUUAUUUUAGAAUUGGAAUCAGAACACAAGGACACUCAUUUGUACAUGGUAGGACAGUCUCCAAAGAUCUUAAUAAAAUAACCCUAACUUCACUGCUCAGUUGUAUUGCAGGUUUUACUUCACUGCUCAAGUUAGGCAGACAGAGGAGAACUACUUAGUAGGCACUGAUGCCCAGCACUGCUGGCAUAGUCCCACUGUGAAUGAUAGUGUUGCAAAGCUGUCACUGUUACUUGAGAUGAAUUGUCAUCUCAUUGUAAAUCCAUUCUCAUUUCCCGGGCUCUGCCUUCCACAAAUGCCUGCCAGGGGGUAGCAGUUUGGAAGGCAGGCCAAGGGAUUUCCACAAAGAUAGCUAUUGGUCUUGACUUCUGCCCUCUCCCUUCACACACUCAUUCAGGCCCCAGUGAGUAAUAGGUAAGUACAGUGGUUGAUAUAUAUAGAGAAAGAGCUAUUAUAACAUGUCCCUUCUAACUCCCCACUCCCAGGGGCCUAGGUAAUUGAGUCUUCCUGAAUCCUAACUGGCUUCAGACUUGGCCAGGAUAUAGCAAUACAUGCUCAAUGGGAAUCCAAGAGAAGGAGACAGAGACACUGAAAAUAAAGUCCUCACAAGGGAGAGACUGGAAGCAGAGGAACAGAGGGUGAAAAGAUGAAAAGCCUCCUCCAAGGCCAGUUUUAGGUUCUGUUUUCUAUUUAACCUCAUGUGCCAAAAAGCUGUCAAGGGACACUAGAGCCACAACUUUAAUCCCAGCCUCCCUAAAGGUGCUGCUCUGCCAGUAGCAGGUUUCAGAUGAAGGAAGUUGGGCACACUUCUGGCCACUUCCUUUUGUCUGGAGCUUGGUGAUUCCCACUGUGUUUGCCAAAGGAGUUAUCUAUGCCAAUAAUAUUUCUGAAACAGCAUAUUAUAUUCUUUGAAGAUUAGUAGAUCUUUAGAGGGGGGUGGGGCAGGGGGCAAUUUCUAUAGAUAAAGAACCAGUGUUUGUUGUACAACUGUUGGGGGUCAUCUAUCCCAUGUGAAGCUAUUAUUUGUCUGAGUCUUAUUGUUUCUGCAUUUGUGUCCUCCACCACUCCCUCCUUGGCUGGCAUUGGUAUGCCUGUCAGAUUGUCAUCAAGGGUCAUACUUCAAUAAAAGGUGCUAAGGACAAAAAAAAUCUCAUGUGUC